CUCAAAUUCCCAUUAUUAAUUAUUUAAGGUAAGAACUUCAAUGAACUAUGUUGAUCAUAAAUAGAUUAAAAUUAUUUAUUGCUUCCUGUGUUAAAUGAGUCUCAACAAUUACUAACUUGAGCUAUUGAAUUUGCGAACUUACACAUUAGGGUGUUCUGAAAACUUUUAUUGAUCUCCAACUCGAACUUAUUGACUUGCUUCACGUUAAACUUGACUAAACGAGGCAAACAAAACAGAAUUGAGCUUCCAAAAACUUAAUUAAGCCAUGCUCUAAUGUUAAUUUUUUGAUUGGGCUUGCACAAUUCAAGUUUAAAUCAACGCGGAGUUUGUAUGUGUCAAGUAUUACUCGAUCUUCAUUGUCCUCUCUAUUUUACUUUUCUUCACACGCCACUCUUCUUCUUUCUCCUUUCUCUCUGGUCAAAAACGUUACUGGUUGUAGGGUUUUUUUAUCCACAAUUAGAAAUGCAUUGUCCCCAUUUCAAGACCUCGGAAAAAAGCGAAACGCCACCACGCAACUCUUUGGAUUCUCUCAUCUUUCGUCUGUAAAUUGUGUUUGAUUUCUCCGAUUUAGAGAUUUAUGGAUCCCAAAAUUCGAACUCUCACCUGCUUCCGAGAUCUUUGAUCCUCGAAUACAUUGUACCGGUAGGAGAUUCGCUGUUGAGACAAACAAUUUGAGCCCUUGGAAGACAAUUCUACAGGAAUGUGCUGAUUAAGUGAAAGACGAUUAUGUGAAAUACUACAUGACGAGUCCUGCUUAUAGAGUCGACCUCAAAAGGGUGUCCAAAUAUACAUACAUCUGUCGGUUUAUUGCUUUGGCUAAUAUUCAGUGUUGGUUGAUGAGCAAGUCAUACGAAGCUUGAAGAUUUUUGUUGUUGUUUUGUCUCGCACAAUAGGUUUUAUACGAGUAAAAGAUUGAAGCUUCCUAGUGUGAAAAAGGAUGAGAAAAGUAUUCUAAUGUAAAAUUCAAUACUUUGUGGUCAACAGUCAACAAUGUACAACAAUCUUUGAAAUAAUCACACACAUAAACAUAGAGGAAGUCUUCAUAUACACUACAAAAGAGGGUUUUUUUCCACAAACACAGACCACCUCUGUUUCACUUGCCUGUUCAAGAUCACAAAUCACACAACCAAAUCUGUGCAAACAUGUUAUCCUUCAAAACGAGUCCAACUGCCAAUGUCUCCAACACCCUCAGGCCACAACACCCAUCACCAGCAGAUGAAGUUGCCUCCAAUGAUGACCUCUUAGUCGAAAUCCUAAUACAUCUACCUGCAAAAUCACUCCUCCGAUUUAAAUCCGUGUCCAAACGCUGGCUCUCUCUCAUCACAAGCCCCCACUUGUCUCGCCGUCGAUACCCUCACCCUUGCGCCCACUCUGGUCUGUUCUUAGCGCCAUUCUGUGCAAGCUCGCUUCGCCGCCUAGACCUUCAUCCUUGCACCUGCUCUGGCCUACCCCCACACCCAUUCAACCACCACAUCCCCGAGGUCGAAUUCAUCCCUAUCCACAACCAUGAAAAUCCAACUGAUUCCCCCUAUAGAGCACUUACUUGUUUUACAGGCCUAUCAGGUGUAAGAAUUUUAGAUUCUUGCAAUGUAUUAAUAUGUUGUGCUAGCCCUUCUAGUGUUGUGUGUGAAGAAAACUAUCAUGUCUACAAUCCUACUACCAAGCAGUUCAUUAUGCUUCCUGAACCCGGUCAGGGUGUUCUAAAGAACAUGUAUGGCAUGACUUUAGCUUUUGAUCCUUCAAAAUCACCUCACUACAAAGUAGUAUGUGUUUGGAGCACUUUUUUGUUGAAUCAUGAGCAAUUUCAGAUUGAGAUUUACUCAUCUGAGACCAAAUGUUGGAGAAAAUCUGGUGACCUUUUCACUGCAGAUAUAUAAGCUUUCAUGGUGGGGGUCUAUUGGAAUGGUGCAAUUAAUUGGCUUAGCUCUUGGGGGGACUCAUUGUAUUUCAAUGUCGAUGACGAUCGACUCAGAGCAAUGUCGAUGCUACCUGUUCCAGAUGGACGGUAUGAGCGGCCGUGUGGGUAUUUUGGGGAGUCUCAUGACCAUCUGCUUCUUAUUGAGAUCUCUUUCAUGACUCAAUUCCACGUUUAUGAGAUGAAUAGAGACUACUGGGGGUGGUUUGUUAAGUACCGCAUCGAUCUUGAAGGCGUUGCGAGUUCAUUUCCUGAGAUGAUUUUGAACCACCAUGACCUAACGGACUUGGAAAGUUAUGCAUUUUCCAUACUCUCUCUUGUCAGGGGAGUGAGAGACGAGGAGUCAUUUUUGGUGCCGCACAUACCUGGGAAGGUCUUGCGUUACAACAUUGUGGACAAGACAUUCAAGAAGCUAUGUGAUGUUGGUUCUUUUUGCUGCCCAGAUGAGAAUUUGGAGGUCAAGAGUUCUUUAAGAUAUGCAUGGUAUUAUGCUUAUCAAUAUAUUGAGUCCCUCUGGUGUUUGACAAUGUUUCUUGCUUAAAAUCAGAUGGACUCUCUCUCUCUCUUGUGUCAUAAUUAAAUAUGUUAAAAUUAGAAACCAUGUCAGUGUUGGUAGUGUGAUUUUUAGAAAUUAUGUUCCAUUUCAUAUUUGUAUUCUGAAUGUCUCAAAACCACUUAGGUUAAUCAAGUUUCAUGCUUUAUCCAUUA